GAUUGGAGCAGCAAAAAUACCGGCUGCAGCAUGUUGCAAUUUACCGUCAGUUUUUCAGUAUCGGUCGGACUACUGGCACUACUAUGGCCAGGCUGCAUUGCGCGCCUCGCCUUUGUCUCAGAUAAAGCAACGGCCAAAAGCCCCAGUUCGUCACAGCCAUCGCCAGCCGAUGCCAAGGCGGCAGUCUGCCAGACCCCAGCCUGCAAGGAGAUAGCCGAAAAAGUUCUCAGUCGGAUUAAUGCCAGUGUCAAUCCAUGCGACGAUUUCUACCAGUUUAGCUGCGGCAAAUGGAUGAAAGCGCAGAAAGGCGAAGCGAGCGAGUUCUUGAAAUUAAACGACAAAACCCGAGCCGUCCUCAAAAAGCUUCUUAAUGGAGAUGUGAAAUCCGCCGGUCCAGUGUUUGAAGCCGAAAAAAAGAUGAAAGACCUGUACAAGCAGUGCAUCAACACAGCUGAAAUCGAAAAGCUGCGAGGCACUCCUAUCGUCAACAUCCUGAACGAGAUCAGCGGCGGCUGGCCGAUGAUUACGCCAGACUGGGAUGCAUCCAAGUUCAACGUGUUCGACGUGCUGGUUAAAACCCACUUUUUUGGCAGUGAUGCCUUCUUUUCGGUUAGCGUUAAUGUGGAUGUGGAACAGCCGACAAUCAACCGGGUUCUGUUGGAUACCAUGACACCAUUCGCCGACACUGACGUUCUGCUUGAUGAUGAGGAGGCAGAACCGUUCACCCGAACGUUUAAGAAUGGUAUCACAAAGGCCACGAAAUUAUUACAGCGCGACAUUAAACAACCUCAGGAUGUGGCGAAAUUGUCGCACAAUAUCACGGAUAUCGUGCAGCUAGAACUGUUUCUGGGAAAGCAACGGUUGACCGGGGAGGAGAUGAACAACGACACUAUCUAUCUCAACAAAUUCUCCCUGAAAACCUUCAAGAACCAUCACAAAUUUAAGUCCGCCAUCUUGCGCAACAUCACCGGGUAUUUGCAAGCGUACUUCGCCGUGGCCAACCGGUCAGAAGUCAUCACCGAUGACACUAUCGUCAUUGUGCCGACCUUGCGCUACUGGAAUAAACUGGAUGACAAACUGGUCGCGCUCGAGAAGCUGGAAGCGGAGGGUCGCCGCCGCAUGGCUAACUACGUUGGCUAUAAACUCCUCUACACUGUACUGAAGUAUCUGUCCAAGGAAUAUCAGAGCUUGGUCGGCUUUUCCUCCAGCAGUGUCCAGGACACAUGCCUGGAUGUCAUUAAGAGCACCAUGCCGCUGGUUUUGGGCACGCUGUACGCCCGGGAUGUUGUACCCAAAGAUCUGAAGCAGAAUGCAACGUUGAUGGUCAACGACAUUCAUGCCGGUUUCAAAGAGCUUUUCGAUGCCGCCAAAUGGAUUGACAAACCGACGUAUGAUGCAGCCGUAAAGAAGUUGGCGGCCGUCCAAGAGAUCGCCGCCUACCCUGACAUCAUGCUGACCAAUACGUCGGCUAUUGAUUCUUACUUCACCACGAUGACGAUCCAGCCGACCUUCUUGAGCAGUAUUCUGGAGAUGCAGAAAAACAAUAUCAUCCGCGACUUGCAGUCCAUCACAAAGCCCAAUCUUCGUUACGAUCCGCUGAAGGACACUGAAGACAUUACAAACAUCAACGCAUACUACUCAGCAGGGAAGAAUCAGCUGAUCAUUCUGGCGGGCAUUCUGGACGUUCCCUUUUUCAAGGCGGAGGCGCCGCAGUACCUUAAUUACGGCGCUAUUGGCUACUACAUCGGACACGAGGUGACGCACGGGUUCGAUGAUACUGGCGCCAACUAUGACUCCGAGGGCGUUCGUCGUCUGCGGUGGAGCAACAAGACGCUGGCAGAGUAUACAAAGCGCGCUAGAGGCAUCCUCAAACAGUACAAUCAGUACAGAAUGCCCACGGGAAAGGUCAACGGGCAGUUGACACUGGGGGAGAAUAUUGCCGAUAAUGGUGGUCUCCGAGCAGCGCUUAAGGGAUACACCCGCUACUUGGCGCGCCUCAAUACCAAAGAAACUGUGCCGUCGGGUUUGGAGAAUUAUACUCCCCUGCAACUGUUUUUCCUUUCCGCCGCGCAGAUAUGGUGUUUCAAGACCACUCCGGACAGGGAGCGAACUUAUCUGCUUACCGAUGAGCAUGCGCCCAAUAAAUGGCGCGUCAACGGUCCCAUGUCCAACAUGCCGGAAUUCGCACAAACCUGCAACUGCCCGCUGGGAAGCAAAAUGAAUCCCAAGACAAAGAAUGGUGUGUGGUAACUUGGCAAAGCAGUUUUCCCUUCUUUAAAUGGACCAUGCCAUUAGAACACCAUGCAAAUCGCUGCUGCAACAGUUUAAAACAUGCAAAACAAAAAAAAACAAUAGAUAAUGGAAUCGAAAGUGAACGAUUUUCUGAAAUUGUUUGACGUAUGC